UUGAAGGACUAAGAUGUCAGCCUGGUAACGGACGCAAACUGAAAACUGGAACUAAAAAAAUAUAUUAAAAUGUAGCUGAUCUGUAGCUUAAAAUGCACAUUUGUAAACGACAGCGUGACCCAACAUAGUCAUCAAUAAAAGGGGGAAUAUACAAUAAGGAAAGAUGGCAUUGUUUGCUGAUGCUUCAAGCCUCAGUGGCACCUUUGACAGAUCUGAGAAAUUAAGAACUCCUGCCUUAUUUAGCUGUGCAGCUAGAGUUAAAAUUCCUCAGUUAGGAGCAGAGGAUUCUCAAUUGAGCUUGCAGUUACCUCCCAAGAAACCAGCGCAGACCUCAAUAGUGUUCCGUUCUUUUAGUCAUCCAGAACCUGUAGAUAGAAGAUACUUAAAGAAAAUAAGUUCAGAUUUACAUUUUGGCGAGGAUGUUGUUAAAGACAGAUGUUUCCAUAUGUUACCAUAUGAUGAGAAGUACUUGUUUGAGGCUUUGUCAUUGGAUGGUAUUGUUGAAGCUCCAGAAAAAGCAAAAAUUCCACCUGGUCGACAUGAUUCACGAGGUACUGAUAAUAGACAUAUGCCAUGCAACCUAACAAAAUCUACAAAAUCUCAUUUAAAACCUCUCAAGAGAAAAAUUAUGGAGAAAGCCAAACAAAUGCAUGACGAUGCUAUCCAGAAAGCUGCCAUUGAUGAAGAGAAAAGAAAAGCGGAGGCUAUUCCUGAAAAUGAAGAAGAAGAGAUUGAGGUCAAACAGAGUUUCUUUAUCACAGAACCACAACUACAGCCUCCACAACCUAGUUCUGUUAGAUAUAUACCUCCUGCUCCUCAUUGGGAGCUCCCAAAAAGAGAAGAAGCUCAACCAGACAAAAAGGAGGUUAAAGUACAACCAAAACCUAAACCUUCUACAAAAUCAGUGAUAUCUAGAGUCAGUAAAGGAAGACCUAUAGUCCUAGAGGAAAAGAAAGAGGAUGAUUGGGAUGCCUAUGUCUUGUCAAAAUUAAGUAAAAAUAUAGCCCAAAAACUUGUGCAUGAAGGUAUAGCUGAUCCAGAAAGGAAGGAAAGGUUAACCAAAUUAUUAGAAACUCAGUAUGGAAAAGCUGAUCUAAAUAAUUUUUUCUUAGAUGAGAAUGACAUACUGGAUGUACAUGAAGAAAUGGAAAAAAAGGAGAGAGAAAAAGAAAAAGAAAGUAAACCUAAAAAGAAAUGGAAGAAAAAAGAAGCUUCUGUAUUACAACGUGUAUACAACAUGCAGGAAGUUGAAAGAGAAGCCAACGAUCCGUACUCUGAUGACAACAAGGCUCCAUUUUAUAGACAACCCAUAGGUCUUAGGAGAGUUAUCAAAGAAAGGGAAAAAGAAGAAGCUGUGUACAGGCAAGCUGGUGGUGUUAUAAACAAAACAGCUGAUAUUGAAAUCCCUGAAUAUAAAGCAUCACCACCUCCUACAAUCAGGGACUAUGUCAAUCCUAAAGUCGGAGAUAAACUGUACGAGUCAGACAACAAAUUUAUACAGGAAUGGCUCACAGGUACUGAGCAAGUUUACUCUAAAGACAAAGAGAAGAUAGUUAUGUCAUCAACCAGCCAUUACAAAAAGUUCUACAAGAUUGAUCGACCAAAACCUGCAGAUGGUUGGUAUCCUAUCGAUGUAAUGGAAGAAAAGGAUACAUACAGAACACAGUCUCCCACACCGACACCUAGAAUGAAGAGAGUAGAGAGAGGAUUCAAACGUUGGAAGGCUUUACCAGAACCAACAGAUGGAGAAGCCACAUCCAUGAUACCACCAGGAUUUGAUCCAGAAUUUCACAGGUCACCUGAUCCUACUACUAGACGUCUGACUAAGCAGAACGCUUCCUUAGUACAAGUCAUUGAUGAAUGGAGGCAGAGGUAUCACUUGAGUGGACAGUUACUUGACAGUACUCCUGACGAUUUGAUCCGAGACAUGGGCGACAUCCAGUCCCAUGUCAGACUACAGGCCAUAGCUACACUCAGUAAAGUAGCAGAGUACAGGGCUGCCACAGAAGAUCCCUUUAAUAUGGCCUUUAAAGACAUACCAUUAGACAAUCCUUACUCUCGUAGCAUUCCAGAGAAGUUGUAUGUAGCAUUAGAGUGUCUGCUGGAAGAUUCUAAUGACAGAGUUAGAUGUGCUGCAGCAAUAACCCUGUAUUCAUUGAAUAGGCCAUGUGAUAAGGCCAAAGACAUCAUGUAUGGAACAAUGAAAGGAGAAUCUCGGAUAGAUAGAUGGGCUGCAGCUCAGUGUCUGGCUCAUUCUGGAGUAUGUAACUCGCUAAUAGUAGGGGAGAUAAUCCACCAGCUACUGACCACAGAGGACACCAUCAAACAUGAGAGAGCUAUAUCUCUGCUUGGAAAACUAAGUAUUUUCUCUCCAUUGGUUCAUGGAAUGACAGCAGAAUUAUUAAACAGUUCAAGCUGGCGACAUAAAGUGAUAGCCUGUAAAAUAUUACCAACUUUACAUGGUACAAUUAAUAAGGAUAUUACAAGUAAAUUAUCAGAUUUAAUGUGGAAUGAUUGGCACUCGGAUGUAAGGAAGAGUGCAGCUCAGUGUCUUGGUAAAACUAGUCAUGGAAAGGAAGUGCAUGAUGACUUAAAGGAAAGACUCACUAUAGAUAAUGAAGAAAUUAGACUGGAGGCUAUCAAUAAGAUUGGACAACUAGGUAUAAUGACAGCUAAAUUGUUGCCUACUUUCCUGAAAUGUUUUGAGGAUGACUAUAUAUCUAUCAGAUCAGAAGUCUGUAUUACCUGUGGUAAUAUUGAGCUUAAAGAUGAAGUAGUCGUAGAGAAAUUGAUCCUUCUAGCAACCUUUGACCCCAUCUGGAAGGUCAAAGCAUUAGCAUUCCAAGCCUUAGGCAAUAUUGGAGUCAUAUCAGAAGAAAUAACAGAAUGUUUACUGUGGGCUGUCAGAUAUGAAGAGAAGGCAGCUGUACGAGCUGAGGCAUGCCAUACUAUUGCUGUAUUAGAAUUGCAAACAGAAGAUGUUGCAGAGGUCCUACAAGAAAGAUUUUUAGUAGAAUCCAGUCCAAUAGUCAGAGAUGAAAUAGCGGCUACUUUGCAGAUGUUCGGUAUUAGUGCUACUGAGGAUAUGGACAUGGUGACGCAGAUAAAAAGUGAAGUCCGUAAACUGUGUACACGUAACAAUAUUGCCAGUCAAAUUGUCCUGAAUGAAAAAGAUCAACAAAAAGAGGAAAAUCUGGCUCGUAUGAUAUAUGAAUCUCAGAAAGAGGUUAAGGAAAAUGAAAGAGAAAAAGAACCCAUUAUGCAGAGAAUUAGAUCUAUGUCUCAGGCCAGUAGUCGAACUGAAACACCCGCUCCCAAGAUUGUAAUUGAAACAGACACUCCAGCCUCACCUGUACCCAGCAGGGAGGGAGCAGUAUUUACACCUACUGCUGAGGAGGAACUAGAUACAAUAUUGUCGAGGGAGGAGUCUACAGCCACACCAGAAACUGUUUCAACAACACCCGGUCUCAAAUCACGUACUGAGAAUGAUGAAUCUGAAUCAGAAUCUAAAUCUAGAUUGGAGAAAAUUUCAGAGCGAGCUGACAGUGGUAGUCAGUUGUCACAGUCUAUGACAGAAGAAGAAGAGAAACCAGUUAGUAGACCAGGUAGCAAGGUCAAAUUCUUAGAAGUUGAAGAAAAACCAUUGACUGCACCAUCUAAAUCCAGUGCCAUGGGUUUGGGUUCAGAAAUCAGGGCAUUUAGUAGAGACGCUAUUAAAGAGCGUGACAAAAUCAAUCGAGAAGCAAGGAACACAUUUGCUGCAUUUGAUGAGAGGUAUGCAGAUUUAACUGACGACUUGUUACUAGUAGACAAUGCAUACUUAGGUAAGAUGCCCAGUGAAGAAAGAAUAACUUCUGUAUCCAUUAUUAGUGAACCAGCACCUACAUAUGAACUGAAAGCCAGAGAAGGCCAGGCUGAUGAAGCUUUCCCAGUAGAUGAUGAUUGAUCAUAAAGAAUAUACAGUCCUUUGUAAAUGUUUUACACGAAAACCAAGUGUUAUUUCAAUGGUCAAUUAAUGUGACAAAGAAGCAAAACCAGUAUGUACUUUUUGUAUAGUCACACACAGUGUAAAUGUUAUUAACUUGGAAUAUAUUGUUAUCUUAUUUGAGUUAACUAAAAAGACAGAUCUAAAACUAUUGUUUUUAAAAUUAUUUUCAUUUGAUUAGAUUAUUAUUGUGAUCUUUAUGCAUUUAAAAAAAUAUGUUUGUUUGUAUCAAGAGUUUACAAUUUUAUGUAAUUUAUUGUACUUAAAAUCUAGAAACAAAUUUUGUCUACACUGGAAUGUACAUAUAUUCUUCUGAUCCAGGUAUUUUAUAAGUUAAGUUUUUUCAAUGACGGUUUUUUAAAAGGACAAACAAAUUAAACCUUAUACCUGCAUUUAUUUAGUAUUACCGUUAGUUUAAUUUACAUAGGAAUGUCUGUUGUUCAAGUGGGUUAGUGUUGUAUAUUCAAAUAAGGAAAGUUUUCAGAUAAAUACGCUGUAUGUUUUAUGGUUGUAAAACUACUUAGUUGAAAAAAUGAUUUCCGAUUAUUUCGUGAGACUUAAUGUGUUUUGAAAGGA